GACGACACAUCGUUCGGAUGACGUCACCGCACCGUGACGGAGCAAGCUGGUUGACUUUCCAAACAUUGACUGUUUUGAUUUAAUUACGGUCGCCAAUCAGCGCUUAGCAAUAGUUGUUUUAGAAUCCGAUGACGCAAAUGUCUCGAAAAACACCAAGCAGUCAAUAGAACACUUUCAGCAGAGAAACGCGUGCAAACAUCAUCAUUUCUCAGCGGGGUGGCAGACAUCUUGAAAUGCUUUUUGCUUGAGUUCAGUCGACAUUUUACCACGGAGCUGAUCCGGUACCGCCUCUUUUUUGCCGCGAAUCACACCCAAAAACUCCCGCUGCAGUAUGCAGGCCUUGCGAGGUCAGAGAGUUGGACAGAUUCCUCUGAUCUCUGGAGAAGCACUUCGAUAUACAGGUGAUGCACUGAUGUACCACCUCCCUGCACCAAACUCCAGUCAAUAUGAAAGCCCAGCUGCAGAUCUGGAUAUAUAUCAGCGCAGUGCAGCACAAAAUGGAAACUUGGGUCUUCAAUAUUACAGCUUUACAGGCCAGGGUAGAAAUGGCAUUCCUGUAUUUCACAAUGCUAGCUCCUAUCAGCAGCAAGUGACAUGGAGAGAAUAUGGAGCACGUAACUAUGGGUACUAUCAAAAUGUGCCAUCAUGGACCAGCUGGUGUCCUUCAACAUACACAUACUAUAGCAAUGAAAGUGCUUCUCAGCCCUAUGGAAAUCAGUUCCAGCCAGCUCUGAACUCUGUUCAAUACCAAGGAAAUGGAACCUGCUAUUCUACAGGCAACAAUUACCAGAGCUCUUAUGCUUAUAGCAGUGGAUACCCUGUGCCUCUGAUAAACUCUUAUCAUCUGGGACACCAGCUGUCUAGACCCAGCAACACUGUCUUAACUUAUCAAAACCUAAAUGAUCAUAUCCAGCCCAGACUUCAAGAAAGAAAACCCUCACAGAUAAGCCCCACGGUACCUAUCUCAAAUAAGAAAAAACCCUACAUGGAUCCUACAUCAGUCGAUAACUACAAACCUCAGGCCUUUGACAUGAUUGUCAAUAGUUUAGAAAGGGAAAUAGAAAUUCUGUCCAAGAAGCCUCUUUUACCUGACAAAGUGAAGAGCAUUGAUACAGUAUCUGCAGCAAAACCUCAUUUUGUUGGUACUGAGAAGGAAAUCUCAGUCACUCCCAUACUUCAGGAAGAGAAACAGAACUUAACCCAGAUCUUGGCUCACAGGUGUGACAUUUCUGAACAGAGGGACAGCCAGGGAAUCAGUCAAGGCCAUGAAGAAAAUUCCCAGGAGCAGAUUAAUUCCAGCAUCAUGACUUUGGAUGAUGGUUUGUGUUGUUCUCAGAGCCCUGAGAUUAGUUGUAAGGAAGAAAUAGAAGGACUCCAACGGGAUGCUGACUUGGGAUGUGGGGACAUCAACGCUGCAGCCAAGAAGACUGUAAAUAAUAUCACAUCACUUGGUCUUCCAGAAGAUCUCCUCUCUGCAAAUUAUGACUGCUCCAUUGUAUCAGCUAUGAUCUCUACAAUGAAUUAUUUUUAUAACAUUAAUGCUUCUGAUGUCCCCAGUGACACAGAUGAUAGCCUAAAACAAUACUUUACACAUCAGAGGAAGAGAAGGAGGGAUGAUUAUGAAGAGAGACUACGAUCAAACACCUCAAACCUUUCUAAAAACUCUAGAAAUGAUAUGCAGACAACUCUGAUUAACACAAUAAAGACAGAAACACAAAGGCAUCCUCAUGGAAUAACAGAAAAACAUGGACCUCCAAAAAUCCAAAACAUAUACCGCAAGACAUUAAAGAGAAAAGGGGCAUUUUCAGAAACUGGAUUUUUGGCAAAAAGAGCUAAGUUUGGAGAUCAUGCAGCUCUCCGGGCUUUCAAAAAAUUGUGCUGGCGUCAAAUGUAACUCAAGAACAUUAUGAAAGUGAAGAUUUAUUAUAUAUUUUAUGGGUAUUUCUUAAUAAGUAAUUUAAAUUUUAAUUCAGUUGAUAUACAUAAAUAUUUAGAACUACCAAUAUAAAGAUUUGUUCUUAAUGUACACGAAAAUGGGUUUACACACUUUGUAUGACAUUUUAAU